CAGUGUAGCAGCAGCCUUCACCUCCGCUUGCAGACUGUGCCUUUGAGAAUUUGGGAUUGCAUUUUGCUCACUCGCUUUUUAAAAAAAAAACCACUGGAUCUUACAUGCCUCUCCUUUCCCCACUUCCACUCUAUGUCCCCAUGCUCCUGAGCCAGCAACAGGGUGUCUUCUCCAGAUGCCAGAUAAGUUACUAAGGUAACAUCUGCAUGUUAGUAGACUAUCCUUGGUAGACCCAAGGCAACUGGAGACUCCCAUCUCUACCAUUUUUUGUGUGUGUGUGUUCUUCCUUAGCAUUCAAAACUGUUUCUCCAAAGGGUUCUUCAGAAACUCAGACUGUUUUCUAAAGCAGAAUCACUUCAGUCCACAGCAGAAGCGAUGGGCAGUGUACGAACCAAUCGCUAUAGCAUUGUCUCUUCAGAAGAAGAUGGCAUGAAAUUGGCCACAAUGGCGGUUGCAAAUGGCUUUGGGAAUGGGAAGAGUAAGGUUCAUACUCGACAGCAGUGUCGGAGUCGUUUUGUCAAGAAAGAUGGUCACUGCAAUGUCCAGUUCAUCAAUGUGGGUGAGAAAGGACAGAGGUACCUGGCAGACAUCUUUACCACCUGUGUGGACAUACGUUGGAGGUGGAUGCUGGUCAUCUUCUGCCUGGCUUUUGUUCUCUCCUGGCUGUUCUUUGGCUGUGUGUUUUGGUUGAUAGCACUACUUCACGGGGACUUGGAUGCACCUGAUGACAACAAAGCAUGUGUAUCUCAGGUCAGCAGUUUUACUGCUGCCUUCCUUUUCUCCAUUGAAACUCAGACAACAAUAGGCUAUGGCUUCAGGUGUGUCACCGAUGAAUGUCCUAUCGCAGUUUUCAUGGUGGUGUUUCAGUCCAUCGUGGGUUGUAUCAUUGACGCCUUUAUCAUUGGUGCAGUCAUGGCUAAGAUGGCAAAGCCAAAAAAGAGGAAUGAGACUCUAGUCUUCAGCCACAAUGCUGUGGUCGCCAUGAGGGAUGGAAAACUGUGCUUGAUGUGGCGCGUGGGGAACCUCCGGAAAAGCCACUUAGUGGAGGCCCAUGUGCGAGCACAGCUCCUCAAAUCCAGAAUUACAUCUGAAGGAGAAUACAUCCCCCUCGAUCAAAUAGACAUCAAUGUGGGAUUUGACAGUGGAAUAGACCGUAUAUUUCUGGUCUCUCCGAUUACAAUAGUCCAUGAAAUAGAUGAAGAUAGUCCUUUAUAUGACUUGAAUAAACAAGACAUGGACAAUGCAGACUUUGAAAUUGUUGUAAUACUAGAAGGGAUGGUAGAAGCCACUGCUAUGACGACACAGUGUCGUAGCUCUUAUUUGGCAAAUGAAAUACUUUGGGGCCACCGUUAUGAGCCUGUCCUCUUUGAAGAAAAACACUACUACAAAGUGGACUAUUCAAGAUUUCACAAAACAUAUGAAGUGCCCAACACACCCCUUUGUAGUGCCAGAGACUUAGCAGAAAAGAAAUACAUCCUCUCCAAUGCUAAUUCCUUUUGCUAUGAGAAUGAGGUUGCUCUCACAAGCAAAGAGGAAGAUGACAGCGAGAAUGGUCUGCCUGAGAGCACUAGCACAGACACCCCGCCUGACAUAGACCAUCACAACCAGGCUGGGGUGCCCCUAGAGCCCAGACCUCUAAGGCGAGAAUCAGAGAUAUGACUAACUGGCUUCUCUUUGCAGGAUGUGACUUUCAAACACAGUUUGUUGUUGGUCAAAGGCACAUUAGGCUGAAACUUGGCCCAAACAGUUUGCAGAUGACGGUACUGGUGAAGAGAUAUAUCAAGGCAAGCUGCCGCAGGGUUCAGAGGCUGGUGUAAGGGUUUCAAAGGGAAGAUUGCAGAGUUGGAGCAUUAAUAUAAAGCACUAACAUGUCUACACAUGAUCAGAUGGCACAUAUAUGUUGUAGAAUAAAUUAUUAUUUUUGAGACAAAACUUGAACUUGCAGGCAAGUGUUGGUAGGGUUUGCAACUUUUCCAGGAUUCUUCUCUAGGGAACAAGAAUGUUUUUAAUGGCAUAACAAAGGCAAGACUGCCUUAAUUUUUUGGAAAAAAAAAGCUGCUACUAACUACAUGAACAAAAAUUAUAUUUUUGUUGUAGUAUAGUUUUUAUUUUGUAUAAUUUAAAAAUCAGUGUUGGAACUUUGGUGAAAGCUCACGAUACUCUUCAAAGUGGCAAAUACUUGGCUAGCAGAUGCCAAACCAAGAGCCGGAACUUUUGAGGCCAGUAGUUUUUUUUUUUUCUCUAGAAUGGAUUUUUCUCUCUCUGGUUACAUAAGGGGCAUUAUGUAACGCAAGCCAAACAGUAGCUUCCAAGGAUCUCUUCUCCAUGAUUUUAAUGAGUUAUCUCAAAUUGUAAGUUAAACUACCUAAAAAGAAUACCAAAGAUAAUGCAUAAUUUUGCACAGUUGAGCUUACUUUCAAAAAGAAAACUAAAAGUCAACAACAACAAAAAAAAAACACAAAAAACAGGCUGCUUAGGAAACAAAACAAAACAGGAACUUAAUAUUUUGAGCCUUGGUAGACUGGAACUUCCCCAUUGCUUUGCACCUUAUUCAGAAGACAGAGCAUGAGACAUAGAGCCUAGGAAAGUGCAACAUUUCCCCUACUUCACGCAACUCCGUUAUUUUUAAGGGAGAAGGGAAAAGGAAGUGAAAUUUCAAAAGAUACACAGAGGAGAAAAAAAAUGA